AUGUUUCCGUCUACAUACUUGAAACCUGUUAUGGUAAAUGGAAAACCAACCGAAUCAGACUUGUCAUCCGUUGUUACACAUACUAAUCAUAUUGGUUUACGACAACAUCCUGCACCAAACAAUAAAAUUCUAUUGAAUGAUGAUGCAGAUCUUAUUGCAGAAAAUUAUGGUUUGUACAAUGUCAAUGACUAUACAAAAGAACAUGAACGAAAUAUAAUAUUAUGUGAUUAUGAUGGUAACACAUCCAGAACAAUAGGAACAACAAUCAUACACAUCAGUGAUAAGCGUUUAACAAUUGCUAUUGCCACAACUGGUGGAAAACUAAUGGAAAAUAAGAAGAACUGGGUUAAUUGUACUGGAUUUAAUGGUUCUCACAAUCGAUUUCUAUACAUGUCACUUCCAAAAUUGAUUUACUCAAGACCACAAGAUUUUAAGGUGAAUAUAAUUUUUUUAAAAAAUCCAUUAUUUACUCAUCUUUGUGUAAUUGUUCAUCUGUUUGGAAAGGUUCGGUAUGUCUUCCAAAUGUCAGAAUCUGAACGAACAAAAUUUUGUGGUGGUAAUUAA